AUGGAUCCACAGAAACAUUCCGAAGAGCCGCCUGAGAAGGCUAUUGCUUCCCCUGAUGCUGUUCCUAUCGAUGCUGCCCCAUUAGAAAAUAUGCAAAAGGGCCGCUGGGAACGUAGUUGGCCUACCAUUGCCUGUGGCGCAGGUCUCUUCUCAGACGGUUAUCUCAAUGGCGUGAUCGGAUCUGUUAAUACAAUCCUUGGUAAAAUCUACCCGGACUCAUACAACAACUCCCCCGCCAGCCAGAAUGUCUCUUCCAUUACAUUUGCUGGCACGGUACUCGGUCAGCUUGUCUUUGGAUAUGUCAGCGAUCAUUGGUCGCGAAAAUGGUCACUGAUGAUCUCAACGAUAAUUCUGAUCAUAUUCAGUGCCUUGUGUGCUGGUGCGUACGGAUUAAAUGGUAGCCAAUACGGCUUGUUCGCUGCCUUGACGGCUUAUCGUUUCUUCCUGGGAAUUGGAAUUGGUGGAGAAUAUCCAGCCGGAUCCGUUGCAGCUGCGGAAAACACAGGCGAACUAAAGAAAGGACAUCGGAAUCGGUGGUUCAUUAUGUUCACCAAUUUCCAAAUUGACUUCGCAUAUGUUGUCUCCGCCUUAGUUCCUAUGAUCUUGGUCUUGAUAUGUACCGAGAAUCAUCUGCGCGCUGUCUGGCGUAUAGCCCUGGGAUUCGGCGUGAUCCCACCCCUUAGUUUGUUUUAUCUGCGAUUGAAGCUGGAAGAACCAGAGGAGUUUAACAGGGAACGUAUGCAUAAGUUCCCUGUCUGGCUGAUCAUCCGGUUUUACUGGAAGCGUUUGACGGUGGUGUCCCUCAUAUGGUUUAUCUAUGAUUUCUCGGCGUACUCUUUCAACAUCUACUCCUCCAAAUGGGUGGGCAUCAUCCUCGGAGAUAGCGCCCCUCUUUGGAAGACCUUCGGCUGGACCACUUUAACAAAUGCCUUCUACAUCCCCGGCUCUUUCUUGGGUGCCCUGGUGAGUGACUGGAUUGGACCUCGCAACACGUUAGCCAUUGGGGUUGGUCUUCAAGGAGUUAUCGGUUUCGUUAUGUCAGGUUGCUAUGAGUAUCUUAGUAUCCCGAAAAAUGUUGCGGGAUUUGUCGUAGUAUUCGGUAUUUUUUCGGCUCUCGGUGAGUUCGGACCUGGAGACAACAUCGGGCUUUGUGCUGCGAAGUCCAGCGCGACUGCAAUCCGAGGUCAAUAUUACGCCAUAGCUGCGGCUGCUGGAAAGAUUGGAGCGUUCGUCGGCACCUAUGUCAUUCCCAUCAUCCAGAACAACGCCCCCAAUGAAGUCCGUUCCGGCCAAGACCCUUUCUUCGUCUCGAGCUCAUUGUGCCUUUUGAGCGCCGCAAUGGCCUACUUUCUGCUGCCACAUAUUGGACAGGACACUAUUACCGAAGAGGAUGAAAAGUUCCGUGCUUUUCUCGAGGCCAACGGAUAUGACACCUCGACGAUGGGCAACAGAGAAGCACAGUAGCUGAGUUUCGUCAUUUGCAUUUCUAUCUGCAAAUCCGUAUGUUCGACGCCCGACCCCUACUUAUCAAGUGCCAGCUCCCUUGCUAUUCCUUGCGACAUGUUUCACAGACGGCCCUUGCAACAUCCGUGACCAGUAUGCCCCAGAAGCAGUACGUACGACACGAGCAAACGAGGAUUCCCCUAGCCCAUUUUAGGCUAUAUCAAUGCCCUAUCGCGUGACAGGACCCUGUGCGACCCGCGACUGCAGAUGAUUCGAUUGCCCAGAAGCGAGAUAUAUAGAGACCCCCAUUGCAGCGAAGACUCGGAUUGAUGAUAUACCAUCUUCAUUGUCAUGCCCGUGAUGUAUUAUAUGUGAUUCAUGGUCAUCUUGGAGAACAUUAAUGACGAUUACUAUGUUUUUUUCCUUCUGCCAAUGCAACGCACCCCGCUAUUAUCCUUGAAGCAAUUGUCUCUGGUAGCUUUUCAAGUAUGCAUUUUAUCAAGCCAAGAAAGGUACUAGAAACUCUUAUCCACGAGGGUCAAUAUUAGUUUGACCCUGUAUCGUGCCAACUUCGAUAUGGGGAAAGGCUGGACAGGAACGAGAUGAAGAAAGAGCGAUCGUAAGAGGGAAACAAAGAAAAGAGUAAAGAAAGAAAAGAAAGGAAAAUAUAAAAUCUAGAAAGAUCCGCCAGGAGUUUGCUCUAGACUUAAUAAAUUAGAAAUCAGU